UGUAUUCCCAUUGCUCUAACAGGUGAUUGCAUUGGGAUCAUGGGAGCAUCAAGACACCAACAGCCAGGGGCUCUCAAGAGCUAUGUGAACUAAAAAUGAAGUUCUCUAUGGAUGAUGAACUGCACCCACCCAAGAGGGUGAUUUGAACUUUACUAGGACCUCUUGUUUUUCCUGAGGAGCCAGUGCCCUGUGUCCAGCCUGCACCCAAAACCGACGCUGGCUGCUGGGCAUUAUGGGGCAGAUGAGAAAUGCUGCCAGCUCUGACCAGGGACUAAAGUUAGAGAAGGACAUGGAGCGGUCAGUGCAGCUCUCACGGCAGGAAGCCAAUGCCAUGUGUGUGCCAAAAGAGGCUGAGUGAUGGGAUGGCCCCAUUUCUGGGGGACCACCAGGAUGUUUCCAGGGACUGUGAAGCCUGGCUCCAGUGAGACCUCUGGAAAGCCAGUACUGCAUGUUAUUUGGUGCAUUUCUGCCUUGCAAAACCCCUGAAGCAGGGGAUGCCACUGCUGCUGCCUCUCCAAAUACCAUUCAAUCUUACCAUGCCAGGAAGGAUUAUACAAAAGUCCUGCCAAAGCCUCACCAAGAUGUCGUGCUACCUACAUCAGUGCCUUCCUCUGGUCUACCAGGAACCCAUCCCCAUCAAGUGCCCGCCGAUGUAUGCUGCCAGACACCUGCCAGUGCCUACCUGGCACUCGACACUGUGCACCCCACAGUAUGUAACCCCCUGUGUCCCCCAGCAGCAGAUCAUGUCCUCCAGCUUCUCCCAACAGCAGUGUGUGACCCAGUGUGUGCCACAGCAGCAGUAUGCAACCAAGUGUGUGCCGCAGCAGCAGUGUGUGACCCAGUGCAUCCUAAAGCAGCCAUGUGUAACUCGGUGCGUGUCAACUUGCGUGCCGCAGCAACAGUGUGCGACCAAGGGUGCGUCACAGCAGCCUUGUGUGAUGAAGUGUGUGCUGCAGCAGCAGUGUGCAACCAAAGGUGUGCCGCAACAGUGUGCGACCAAGUGCAUGACCGCCUAUGCCCCCCAGCAGCAGAGCGCGACAAAGUGCAUUCCGCAGCAGCAGUGUGAGACCAGGUGCGUGACCACGUGUCUGCCACAGCAGCCGUACCUGACCAAGGGCAUCCCACAGCAGCAGUGUGCAACCAAGUGCAUCCCGCAGCAGUGUGUGACCACGUACACCCCGCAGCAGCAGUGUGCAACCAGGUGUGUCACCAAGUGUGUCCCACAGCAGUGUGCGACCAAGUGUGUCUCGCACCAGUUUGUGACCUCUUGUGCCCCACAGCAGAGUGCCACCAUGUAUGUCCCACAGCAGUGUGCGACCAGGUGUGUGACCAAGUGUGUCCCGCAGCAGUGUGCAACCAAGGGUGCUACGAUUUGUGUCCCACAGCAGUGUGAGACAACUUGUGUCCUGCAGCAGCAGUGUGCCACCAAGGGUAUCCCACAGCAGCAGUGUGCGACCAAGUGUGUCCCACAGCAGCAGUGUGCCACCAAGUGUGUCCCACAGCAGUAUGCGACCACAUGUGUCCCACAGCAGCAGUGUGCCACCAAGUGUGUCCCACAGCAGUGUGUGACUAAGUGUGUCCCGCAGCAGCAGUGUGCGACCAAGGGUGUCCCACAGCAGUGUGUGACCAAGUGUGUCCCACAGCAGCAGUGUGCCACCAAGUGUGUCCCACAGCAGUGUGUGACUAAGUGUGUCCCGCAGCAGCAGUGUGCGACCAAGGGUGUCCCACAGCAGUGUGUGACUAAGUGUGUCCCACAGCAGCAGUGUGCGACCAAAUGUGUCCCGCAGCAGCAGGGUGUGACCAAGGGUGUCCCACAGCAGUGUGUGACUAAGUGUGUCCCGCAGCAGCAGUGUGCGACCAAGGGUGUCCCACAGCAGUGUGUGACCAAGUGUGUCCCACAGCAGCAGUGUGCGACCAAAUGUGUCCCGCAGCAGCAGGGUGUGACCAAGGGUGUCCCACAGCAGUGUGCAACCAAGGGUGUCCCACAGCAGUGUGCGACCAAGUGUGUCCCACAGCAGCAGUGUGUGACCAAAUAUGUCCCACAGCAGCAAUGUGCGACUAAAUGUGUCCCACAGCAGCAGUGUGCCACCAAGUGUGUCCCGCAGCAGCAAUGUGCGACUAAAUGUGUCCCACAGCAGCAGUGUGCCACCAAGUGUGUCCCACAGCAGCCAUGUGCAACCAAAUGUGUCCUGCAGCAAUGUCAGUUAGGUGGAGUUAAAAUUUCGAGUCACUCUAAAAAGUACUGUUCUGUGUCCAAAUGGCCCUGGUAAAAAGGAGUGGGGGAAAGGAUGGUCCACAGAAAAAGAGUGAGGUACAGCUUUGGGGCAGGGGUUAUUUAUCUCCUCGUACCACCUGGCAACUAGUUCCUAUUGCUUAAGUCUGCUUUAUCUCUGUUUUCCAGUAUUUCCCCUGUAGCUCAGCUCUGUUUUGGGCCAGGGUGCAAUAUUAUUUCCAUGGCUGCACUCCAGGUACCUGUGGCUUGUAAGCCUACCUGGAGUAGGCUUAAUCUGCUACAAGGCAUAAUUUAGUGGGAUGCUAUUAAAUUCUCACCUAGUUGAAAUGAAUAGUGAUUUUUUAAAAAAUUAAAAAAAAAAGAAGAAAUAGAAAUGUCUAAGGAGUCCAAAUCAUGACAGAAUCAAAAGGACUGGCAGUGCGGCCAGCAGAGGACUGGCCUGUGCCUGGCUCUGGGUUUAGUCCUGGCACUGGGAGACAAUGUUCAGGCUAACCUGGAUUCCAUGAGGCUGCGAGUUCUCUGAAACAGCUGUUUUCACUCACAGAUUUGGAAGCCAAACGUAAAUUUGCUAAGCAAACGGUAUACGAACCUUACUCCAAUGGCCUUCAUUUCGGAAGGUGGCCAGAAAUCCCUGCUGCUUUAAACCACUGACUCUGCGCUGACUUCAGUAGAGUCUCCAGACAAGACAGGAUUUCUGGCUUGGUGAAUUUGGUCCUUGCUGAGAUUUUAUACAUGAAAGUUUUUAUUCACUUGGUUGCUUUAAUUAAUAUUGAAAAUAUGACUUGAAACUAAAGAAAGUCUUUGAAAUAACACUGAAAGUUGUAGCACGACUAUUUUAUAAAUGUUUGAGCUAUAAAAGCAAUUAACUAUAUUCUUUAUGCUGCCUGAAGAUGUAUACUCUACACUGUACUGAAAACAAACCAUAUAUAUAUAUAUAUGUAUGCUUAUAUUAUACAUAUAUAUAUAAACUUAAAUAAAUAUAGUUC